AUGGAGGAGUGUGCUUGCCUCUGCGGCGUGGGCUCUUCGCGGGGAUGUCGGUGUCAUCAGGAGCACCAGGGCCCAGCUGAGAAGGCAGCGGCCCACAGCAAGCCGGCCCCGGCAGAAAAGCACCUCGAGGUGAACACGGCAGCGAGCCUGACCCUGGCCUGCACCAAAUUCUACCAUAUCCUGCCCAUCGACAGCAUCUGGAGACGGCGCUGCCGGGCAGAGUAUGGCGUUCGUGAAACCUUGCCGAACCUAGAGAUGAUCGGUUUGUCUUAUCGAGAAGUCUAUAUGAAGCUGUUCCACCCAUACAGACACAUUUUGGGUUUGUGGCAGCUAGAUAAGGGCUAUAGGAGACUGCUGAAUGUCGUGGUGGAUGGCUUAGGCAUUACUGGUUGGACGUGCAGGCCUUCCCUUAACCCCCAUGGGGAUGGCCCAAUGCAAUCCGAGCCCUUGUUCAGAAUGCGCCUGACGGAGCGGAAAUCAGCCGCGGUGGAGUGCAAGGCAGGCCGCCACCGCAGGCCCCACAACCUCCACAUGCAGAUUCAGAAGGACAGGUUCAGCAUCAAGACAGACCACCGAAAGGAUUCCCCAACGCGGCCUUGGAACGCAUGGGGGCGGGUGCUGGUGCAGGAGGUCAGACAGCCAUGUGACUGCCUGACCUACCGCCGCCUCUACCUCCCCUUCCAUGGGAAGCAUGCCAGGGUCACGAACAUCACGGGAUUCUCCAUCAGGAUGUUAGAGAUCCACCUCAGGCACCGCAUCCAGCUGCCAGAUGGCGGGUUCUUCCGCAACUUCAACGAGCUCUCCCACGUGGUCCAGGAGAUUGACCAGCAUGUGAUCCGGGAGCAGCAGCAGCAGUUCCUUGGCCUGAAUGCGUCUUCAGAGGAAGAUGCCUAUGAGGAAGAUUAUGUGCUCAAGAAAGAAAACCAAAUCAUGAAGUGCUACUGUGAUUCUGUGAAUGUCACACAAAAACAUGAAGGUAACACUGGUUCUGAUUGUGGUCCCACCUACAAAUUGCCAGCAUCAUCUGGAAACAAAGACAGCUCCUAA